AUGAAGACACGGAUACUCAAAGUCCCUCCAGGCCCUGAACCAGGCCACUUCGUCUCUUCCUCCUCCUCCUCUUCCGCCAACCCUCUCGACACCUGGGCCAUCUCCACCUCGCCCUCCGCCCAGGCCACCCUCGCACCCCUCCACGAAGCCGCCCGCCUUCUGCGCGAGAGCGAUAUUCCCGUGGCUUUUCCGACAGAGACGGUGUACGGUCUGGGCGCAGACGCCACGCGCAGUACCGCUGUGAAGGGUAUCUAUGCCGCCAAAGGGAGGCCGUCGGAUAACCCGCUGAUUGUGCACGUGUGUGAUCUGGCUAUGCUGCGAGGCCUGCUCAGGCCAAAGGAGGAGAAGCAGCAGCAGAAACACCAUGACGACACCGCCACCGAGGAGGAGAUCAUCCCGGAGAUCUACAGAGAGCUAGUCAAGCGCUUCUGGCCCGGGCCUCUGACCAUCCUCCUCCGCAGCCCUGUCCCCGGCUCGCUCGCCCCAGAAGUAACAGCCGGCCUCCCGACCUUUGGCGCGCGCAUGCCCGCCUCCCCCCUGGCACGCACCCUCAUCCGUCUCGCCGACGCCCCGCUCGCCGCGCCCUCUGCCAACGCGAGCACCAAGCCGUCGCCCACAGCGGCGUCGCACGUGCUGGACGACCUGGACGGGCGCGUCGAGCUCAUCCUCGACGGGGGCAGCUGUGGCGUGGGCGUCGAGAGCACCGUGGUCGACGGGCUGUGCGAGCCGCCUGUGGUGCUGCGGCCUGGUGGGGUCAGCCUGGAGGAGCUGCGGGGGGUUCCUGGGUGGGAAGGGGUGGUGAAGGGGUAUCGGGAUGAGAGCGAGGAGGGGGGCAAGAAGGAAGGGGGUGGGCCGGGGCCUCGGGCGCCGGGGAUGAAGUAUAAGCAUUAUAGCCCGAGGGCGAAGGUGGUUCUUUUUGAGGCCAAGGGUGGAAAGGGCAGUGCGGACGACGUGCUGGUUGAGGUGAAGGGGAGACGAGACGAGAGGGGUGGGGUUGUUGGUAUCAUCAGGACGUUGAAGUGGCAGAAGCUACCAGGAGAUGAGGCUGCUCGAGAAGAGGCCGUUGUGGAAGACGCGGCGGUCAAUGGGAACACGGAUCUGGGCUACGAGAUCUCUAGGUCCGUCAUAGACGGGGUAGAGAUUCUGGACAUCGGUCUGGGGCAGGACACAAAACUGGUCGCCCAAGGGCUCUUCUCGGCUCUCAGGGAGCUGGACAGAAAGGGCGCAGAUGUCAUCUACGUCGAGGGCGUUGAGGAUGGAGAGGAUAUAGCAGCAGCGGUCAUGAACCGUCUGCGCAAGGCAGCGUCGGAAAUUAGAGCAUAGAGACUGGAUAGACAAGACGCAUCCAAAUGCAGCAGGGUCCGGUCCCGGUUUGGACCUGGAUUAGAGAGCCUGCUGCUCUGUUCAAACAAAUCAACGAAAGAGAUCUUGAUCCUUG